AUGGGUUCUCUCGCAAACGGCUCCCAGCCCGGCACUUUCCUCUUCACCUCCGAGUCGGUUGGUGAGGGUCACCCUGAUAAGAUUGCCGAUCAGGUCUCCGAUGCUAUUCUCGAUGCCUGUCUGGCUGAGGACCCCCUUUCCAAGGUCGCUUGCGAGACCGCCACCAAGACUGGUAUGAUCAUGGUCUUCGGUGAGAUUACCACCAAGGCUCGUCUGGACUACCAGGCUAUCAUUCGUGGCGCUAUCAAGGACAUCGGUUACGAUGCUUCCGAGAAGGGCUUCGACUACAAGACCUGCAACGUUCUUGUCGCCAUUGAGCAGCAGUCCCCCGAUAUCGCUCAGGGUCUUCACUACGAGGAGGCUCUUGAGAAGCUCGGUGCCGGUGACCAGGGUAUCAUGUUCGGCUAUGCCACCGACGAGACCCCUGAGCUCCUGCCCUUGACCAUCCUUCUCUCUCACAAGCUCAACGCUGCCAUGAAGGCUGCUCGUAACGACGGCUCCAUCCCCUGGUUGCUCCCCGAUACCAAGACCCAGGUCACCAUUGAGUACGCUCAUGACAACGGUGCCGUCAAGCCUCUGCGCGUUGACACCGUCGUCGUCUCUGCUCAGCACUCUGACGACGUCUCCACUGAGGAGCUCCGUGCCGUUAUCAAGGAGAAGAUUGUCAAGAAGGUCAUCCCCGCUGAGCUCCUUGACGACCGCACUGUCUACCACAUCCAGCCCUCUGGCCGCUUCGUCAUCGGUGGUCCUCAGGGUGAUGCCGGUCUCACUGGCCGUAAGAUCAUCGUUGACACCUACGGUGGCUGGGGUGCCCACGGUGGUGGUGCUUUCUCCGGAAAGGACUACUCCAAGGUCGACCGCUCGGCCGCCUACGUUGCCCGCUGGAUCGCCAAGUCUCUGGUCCAUGCCAAGCUUGCCCGCCGUGCCCUCGUCCAGCUCUCCUACGCCAUUGGUGUCGCCGAACCCCUCUCCAUCUUCGUUGAGAGCUACGGCACCUCUUCCAAGACCUCCGACGAGCUGGUCGAGAUCAUCCGUAACAACUUUGAUCUCCGUCCCGGUGUCAUCGUGAAGGACCUUGACUUGGCCAAGCCCAUCUACAUCCAGACUGCCAAGAACGGUCACUUCACCAACCAGGAGUUCUCCUGGGAGUCCCCCCGGGCCCUCAAGUUCUAA